AUGUCUAAUCAGAACCAAGAGAUUCAAAGCAAUGAAAAUUCGAACUAUAUUGUUUCACAUUCGCAAGUCCUAGUUAAUCCUAGCAUGCGUACACCGUGGCUAAACUACAGUAGCGAUUUAUAUGAUUCUGAUUUUGAUAAAAAUCAAGUUUUAGAGAAAAAUAUGGUUAACGUUAAGACUAAAUGUGCAAUUGAGUGGAAAGAAUUAUUUAGAGAUAAUAGGUCAGAUAUAUCUGAGUAUGAUUUUCCUGAACAUAAUACAAAAUGGGAAAAGACCGCUGCAGCAAUUGAUCAUAUUAUCAGAAGUACAAGUAUGAAAAUAAUCUUAACAAUUUUAUUGUCAAUGAAUAUUGCUCAGUUAUUCCUUUAUUUAGUAUUUGGUUUUGUGGUUAUUCCUCAAUAUACCCAGGAAACGUUGAAUAGCUAUACUAGAAAAAAUUAUUUAGAUAUAUUACCGGAUGAUUGGGUCCCUUACGAGUACUUUUCAGAUUUACUUUCACUAUAA